CAUCCCCAAUUCUUCCGUUUUUUUCCCUCCUUUCUCUCUCUCUCUCUCCCUCUUUCUCUCUCAUGAAAUCGGUCCUCUAUUAGCCUCUGAGGACAGCGUGAUAGUGAUAUGGGGAAAUACAUUCGGAAGCCCAAGACGACGGGCGACGUCGCCGCUAGGGAUGUCUCGCAAUCCUCUCUCGGAGUCCGCACCCGCGCCAAAACCCUAGCCCUCAAGCGCCUCCAGUCCUCGGCCAGUGUCGAUGCUUCUCCGCAGCCGCCCAAGCCCGAGUAUCUGGAGCUCCGUUCUAGGCGUCUUGAGAAACCCCCGCUCAUCAGGCAGCAACUCCAGAAUUCCAGAAAGAGCCAUGCUACGAAACAGGGGUUUGUUUGCAGAGAUAAAGAAGGGCCUCAAGUUGAGAAUUCGCCCCAGAAACCGUGCUCUGGGUCGGGUGUUCCUGUCGGUGAGGCCAAGGAAGGGGAUGGAUGCUAUGAGAGGCAGAGCGGAGGUUUUGAGAUUGGGGAUACGGAAAUUGAGGCCUCUUUAGGGGAAAAUUAUUUGGAUUUGGAGGCUAGGGAAAGCAGGAGCACUAGGGAAAGCACCCCAUGCAGUUUGAUCAGGACAGCCGACACUAUCCCAACGCCUGGAUCUUCUACGAAGCGGAGAAGUCCUACUGUGGCCAAUGAAAGGGUACAAAAUGCGCUUCUUAGAAGUAUUCCUACAGCUCAUGAAGUGGAGGAAUUUUUCACUCGUGCAGAGCAGCCGCAGCAGCGCCAUUUUAUAGAGAAGUAUAAUUUCGAUAUUGUGAAUGAUUUGCCCCUCCCCGGACGUUAUGAGUGGGUAAGAGUGACACCUUGAGCAGUAUAAAUUGUUUAACUUUACGCCCCGUGACAACUGUAACUUGUCAAGAUCAGAAGCUCACUUAGGAAGAAGGUAGGAUUACUAUGUUACUCCUGCAAUCCUCAAUGCUGUAAAGUGAAGCAGUAGCAAUGAAAGAAGUGUAAUUUUAGUGAUCUGUAGAAUAUUAGGCCCCCAGGAAUUGCAGACUAACCAUUUAGAAGUAGAAUCCGCACAGAAUGUAACAUUAGGCUUUGGUAAAGUUCCAUCCUUGUAAUGCAGGCAAUCAUAGUUAGGUUCUAAUUUCUCCUUUUCAUGUUGACUUUGGUAUUUGGACCUUCCCCCUCUCCCCAAGGAAUGUAGCAGCACAGAACCAUGUUCGACAUCUCUCUGAUGUCGUCAACUGGGGCACUAACGGGAAAUAAAGUUAAGUUGAUUAUACUUAAGCUUUUACUAAAUAAAGCGAGAUUGUCAUGCGAUCAA